CAAACGGCUGUCAACAAUGAUAACCUUUCUUCUUAUGCACCAAAAAAAAAUUCUACGCGUCUUUGAUUUCUGAUAAAAGUGAGCCGCUGAUGAUUGAUUGUCAUCUAAAAUUUAUUUUCAGUGAACUUUUCUCUGAACACGUAUUGCAGAUAUAGACGAUUGUAGACAGUUAUUGACCAGUGUUAUGGAUUGUUUUGAGAACGUAAAUGGAUUUGUUGAACCUUGUCAGAUGGCAAAAUGAUUUUCAAUCCGGACCAACCACGAUUCGAUCAGUCUACGUUAUAUGGGCGUUUACGACAUUUCGCCGGCGUCACAGAUCCAUUUAUCGCUUUCACGCCUACUUCGAAACUUUUGCAAGCGAAGAGUUUGAUGGAGAAAUGCAGGACAGCCGAAAAAUUACCGGCCACCCUUCCAGAGCUGCAUCGAGCACAACGACUCUAUCAAUCAGCGUUCCAUCCCGAUACAGGCGAUUUGCAAAACUUUGCAGACAUAUGCAACGUCUGUGAAAUCAGAAUCGGUUGUUUUGGGUAUAAAUCGACUCCUGCGGUCGUAUUUUGGCAAUGGGCAAAUCAGUCUUUUAACGCAUUGGUGAACUACACUAACAGAAAUGCGAAAAGUGCUAUGACAACCAAGGAUUUGCUGGUGGCUUACACGACCGCUGUUGGCGGUGCCCUAGGAGUUGCAAUUGGAAUGAAACAAUACUUUGCAAAACGACAAGUCAGCGUUUUGAUGCAGAAAAUGGUUCCAUUUGUGGCCGUCGCUGUUGCAAACGCUAUCAAUAUUCCACUGAUGCGGCAGAACGAACUGAAAAAUGGCAUGAAAGUGUCGGAUUCCGAUGGAAAUAUCGUGGGAACGUCACGAGCAGCUGCUGCCAAAGGCAUCUCCCUCGUCGUGCUUUGUAGGAACAUCAUAGCCGCUCCUUGCAUGAUUGGCGUACCUGUCAUCAUUGAACGUUUAAUGAAAAAGCCUUGGUUCAUAAGAAACUACAAUAUACUAAACAUUCCUAUCCAGCUAGUCCUCACAUUUGUCAUAUACGGUCCGUCGGUACCGGUUGGUUGUGGACUGUUCCCGCAACAGAAUUCCAUCAAAUUGACUACGCUGAAACGGCUUGAACCUGAAGCGUACAAGCAACUAAAGGAUGUAAAAGGAGAUCGGGUCUUCUUCAACAAAGGACUGUAGAUUUAAUUGAAACCAGUGAAUAGCUGUAGAUUUACAAAGAUCCCAGUGAAUAAGUAGCCUUAAUGCAGAUGAACUUUGGCCAAUUUUAUUCUGGAGACAAAUCACAUCAAGUGUACAAUGUUCUGUACAUAGUUAUAUACAAAAGGUAACAACGACCAUGGAAGUG